AUGAAAACUCUGAUACGAAUUCAAUUUCUCAAAAUUUCAACAAAUUUACUCAAAUCUCAGGACACUAUGAUAACUCCGAAAAGGCCAAAUCACAGAGAUUUAAUUCAAAAGAAUGAUGAUGAUGAUGAUGAGGUUCAAAAAUCUAACAAAAAUGAAAACUUCAUAUUCAGCAAAAUGGUAUUAUCUCACAGAAAUAUGGUCAAGAUUAUGAUCAAGUCUAUGAAACAAAAUUAA